UGCAUAUCUGUCCUUAUGGGGUUAAUGCUCUUUGCUACCUUGUAAUAGACUGAAGUGAAGAAUAUAGCGUCAGCUGAUCCUGAUUUACAAUCAAAACAAAACCAAGGCCAAGAGCCCCUUGUGCCCCUCCCUCCCCAGUAUAAAAGCCCAGAGCAGAGCUAAAUGGGAGCAGUCAACAAAGCAAAAGAGAAAAGUAACAUGACUGUGACCAGGACCAUGGCUAAGGAGGGGUGUGUGCAGGUUGCUGAACUUAAGGGAGGGCACCCUCCUGCAGUUAAAGCUGGAGGAAUGAGGGUCUCCAAAAAACAAGGAAAUGAAGACACUGCUACACCAGAGAAAACAGCAAAGAAAACUUCAUCUGAAAAACCAAGCUCUGCAGUAAACAUAACCAAGAUGCAAGCCAUGAAUUUCCUUGCCGGAGCUCUAGAGAAGCUCAACCACGAAUAUUCUGCAGAAGAGGCACAGAUGGUCCACCAGAAACCCAGACCCACAGUGGAAAAAUUCAUUCUUCCCAAAAGACUGUACAUUAUCCAGCAGCCCCGCAGAUGUUAGAUCACCAAUCCUGCAGCUGUAUAUUGGCGGCCCACUAAUAAGCCAACCUUUUGUUUAAAUAGUUUUGUAUCAAUAAUAAAACUCUUCAAUUCCA